AUGCGCGACGAACCGGUAGAUCGAACGAUAGUCCUGCGCAAAGACUUGCGGUUGCGCCGAGUGCGCCUGCUACUACCCCUGUCGCGCGCGGCGCCCGCAUCGCGUCAAUCACGAGCCAUGGUAGGCGGCGAAGGUUCCGUGUUCAUUCGGCAAGCACCGGGUCUGCUGCUGGCGCGGGUGACACAGACGGGGGCGACUCAACCGAAGGGUGCGUGGCUGGUGCAACUUUCGAAGAAAGAAGCCGGGAAGCCCAAGGCAGUGGAUCCGGAAAUCCUGGAGGCCGGCAAAGAGGGAGAACCGGGCCCUCGUUCCCGAGAAGCUGACGUGGCUAGGAGUGCUGACGUGGCAGGGGAUGCUGACAUGGACCUAGAGGCGUUGGCACGUGAGCUGAACAUGGAUCUGAAAGAGGUGCAGGAGGCAGAGAGGAUGUUCGAAAGUGCCAUGUCAGCAGUUGCCUCGCUGGAAUCGCUAUCUGCCAAGUUCGACCAGAUGUUUCUGGAAACUGCCGCUGCUGACAAGGAGGAUUCUAUCAAGGGUUUAAGAGGGGGUUUGGACAAGGAGGGUUUAGAGAAAGCGGGUUUAGAGGGUUUAGAAAGAGGGAUGGAGGAGCUGGCGAAGGAAAUAGACGCCGCAUCAUCUUGGGUUGAGCGAAAAAGCGUCAGCCAAUCAGGGGAGGCGAGAGAGGAGGCGGAUGAUGAUGGUGCUGACGUGGACUUGGCAGGGGAGGCCAUUGCUGACAUGGAGAAUGACCUGGCGGAGCUGCAGCGGUCGGUGGCGGCCACGGUUGCUGAGCUGGACCGCACUGCCACGUCACUAACUCCGGAGCUGGGGCUACAGGAAGUGCUGAAGCUCAAAAAUUCCAUAUCUGCUGACGUGGCGCAGAUAGAGCAGCAGACAGGUGCCAUUCUCGGAUUGCUGCGAGAGGCCCGAGAGCUGCAGGAAGUUUCCCAGCAACCGGGGGCACCAACGGGAGCUCGCCAGCUGGCGGCGCAGAGAGCCGUGGAGGCUCGGAACGCCAUGGCUGCGAUGGCAGGUGGCGGCAGGGGAGGCGGGUGUGGAGCAAUCAGCAGUGCUGCUGGCGCUGUCACAGCUGCUGCUGGGGAUGGGGGAGGAGGCCAAGGGGAGACAGCUGAUGGACCAGUGCUACUGGCGCUGUCACGGCUGCUGCUGGGGAUGGGGAAGGAGGCCAAGGGGAGACAGCUGAUGGACCAGGCUCAAGGUUCAUGGUAUGUUGCAACAGAUUUUGGGGAUGGGGCGGGCGGGAGGGUAGGGAGAGAGUUGAUGGAUCAGGCUCUCGCCCUCGUGGCCUCUCACCCCGCUGAGCCUCUGCUAGACGACCUGCUAGAGAACGCGGGGGACAUGUAUUACGGCAUGGAGAUGUGGGACGAGUCGAUCAAGAUGUACAAACGCGCAGUCAACGUACAGAGGGAACUGGCAGGUGGCGAGCACUACCUGCAGGCGUCCACCCUGUGCAGCCUCGCCAAUGCGUUAAUGGAAGCACAGAGGCACGAGGAGGCGGAGGCGGUGCAGAGGAAAGCAGCUGAGCUGUAUGAAGCUGCGAGGGGGGAGAGGUCCCGCGGGGUGGCGACGAUGCUGGUGCGGCUGACGCAGAUUCAGAUGGAAGGGGGGCGGGUGGAGGAGGCUGAAGGCAGCAUUCUGCGCGCCAAGGACAUUCUGAUAGAGAAGGAGGGGCUGACGUCGAUGGAAGCAGCUAUUGUGGAAUUCACUCUCGCUCAAGUCAGGCAGGCGCAAGGUCGCCCGGAUCUAGCAGUGGGGGUGUUGGAAAGCGGACUUCGGAUAUUUGAACAGGCAGUGGAACAGCAGAGGAGGAAGGGUGGGGCGGGAGAGGAUGCUGAGCUGGCAGGAGCGGGCGCUGAGCUGGCCUGGGGCGACGAUGAGCUGGCGGGGACCCCGCGAGCGCUGGUGAACGCGCUUGGAGCGUCAGCGUUCCCGGCUUUCGAGCAGGCCCAGAUUGAACUGAGCAUGCUUUACGAUAUAUUGGACAGGGAUGAAGACGCGUGUGCCAUAAGAGAGAAGCUCCUUUCAGCAAAGGAGCUAGCCGUCGGCCCUCUCUCCCCGGCCCUCGUCCCCCCUCUCAUCCAACUCGCGCAGUCCCGCAUGACCAUCGGCCAAUCAGAGGGCGCGGAGCGGCUACUCCGCCGCGCGCUGCAGAUCGCCAGGUCAGCGGUGCCAGCUGGCGACGCGCGGUUGGCCGUGCCGAUCGAACGGCUGGCGCUGUGCCUGGCCCAGAUGGAGCGAUUUGAGGAGGCCGAGGUGCUGGCGAGGGAGCAUCUGAUGAUCGCUGAGGGGGCUGUUGAGAAGGCGGGACUGAGGGGGGACAGUGUUGAGAUGCUAGCGCAAGCCCAGCGCAACCUGGCACUCAUACUCAUGGCCACAGACCGGGCACAGGCAGCGGAGCUGCUACUGAGGAAGGCUUUAGCGAGGAUGGAGGGGGCAGUGGGGCCGAUGGGGGAUGCGGCGUUGGUGAUUGCCGGGUCUCUGGUGGUGAAUCUGCAGCAGCAAGGGAGGGAUGACGAGGCUGAGCCGCUGCUUAAGAGACUGGCGCUUGCCGAGGCUGCGGCUGCUGGCAAUUUGUGA